UGUUGGAAAAAAAACCAUAUGGAUGGGCCUUUUGGCCCCGAGGGUUUGCUUGCUCGUGAGGUUAGGAAACGUUUCUGUGAGGGAGGUGAUUUUGAGUCGAGGGAUCAUUGUGGUGAUGUCUUCAGAGGGAAUGGGUUUGGAGGGAAAUUUUACCCAUUUCCUUGUUGAGAAUGGCAUUAUCUACGAGUUCGGUCUGAUGAUAUUUUCUCGUAUCACGAAUGGUUCUAGAGAUAUUUCAGUUUUAUUAUUGAAAUGUUCUAGAAUUAUCGCGUUUUUAUCGGAAUGCUUGAAUAUGUUAUGUUUCUAGGUAUUUCUCACGACUUUUACAUAGAUUGUGAUAUCGGAGAUGAGUCUACAGAUAUCUAAGUCGUGAGGAAAUUGAUUUUAGACAUCUCCGUUAAAUCGUAGGCUGUGAGAGAUGUAUACCAGUUUUCGUGCGCGUCGUCUUCACGGGGUUUUACUGAUAUCUUAUCGUUUCUCGAUUUUUUACUAAUUUCUGAGUCAUUUGUCAGUCGGUGUUUAAAAUAUCCUAGUGAGCAUGUUGCUUAGCUGAAAAAACAUCCCUUAGAUAUCCUUUUAUUAAAAUGAUAAUCAACUGAAAAGAAAAAUCAAGAACUCAAUCAUUGCUCCAUUAAGAUCAAAAAAUUCGAAAGCUUUAAACAUUAUAGACAAAUUUAUCCUAAAUACUAGACAAAAAAUCUGGAAAACUGUUGCAGUUUUAUUUGCAUAGACUGAAAAAAAACACUCAUGUAGUGUAAAUAAAUUAUAUAGAUUUGAUCACUUCGAGUUACUAAAAGUAAACUCAAAGCAAAGAAGUUUUCAACAUCAAUAUAAUUAUCAGAAAUCAAUUAAAAGUAUAAAUUCAUUGGUAUUUUGGACGCCAAGAGUCUGCAAUCUCAAGAAUGUUUUGAAGAUUAUAUCAGAGAUUAGGACAGUGAUUUUGUUUUCUUCCUGUUUACUACGGAAAUAUUUUGUAAUUAUCGAUGACCUUAGGGAAGUCAGUAGACAUAUCCCGAAGGCCAUGGAUUUUUUUAUUGAAAAACUUUAUGUGGGUCUAACACAUUCUAAACAUUCUACAACAGCAGUGAGAAAUUUAUAUUCUUUUAUUAAAGGGUUAAAGGAUAUCCAGUCUUUUACAGAUAAUAUUGGCUGUCAUAUAACUUCAACAAUUUUCAAUCACUAAAUUUGUUACUUAUAAUACCACGAGAGCUUCGACAUCAUCGGAUGUUUCCUAAAAAAUUUAUUACAAACAAAAAAUCCCGACCGCAAUAGGCGAUUGAUAUUUCAGCAAAAAGUGUGACAAGCUCAUUUGUUUGUAGGCAACCUAGAGGAAUAUAUUCGAUUAAUAACAUAUUUUCAAUGAAAUAAUAAUUUGUUUACAAACUAAUAUAUCAAAAUGUACGAACUGUGACGAGUCCUCUGAUAAAAUUAAGUUUCGAAACGUGGAAACAAUGAAAUUCUAUUUUCAUAUGAAAGAAUUCGCAGUCAACAGCAUAUAAUUUAUAGAAUCUACGAUAUUUUUCUCUCAGAGUGAAUAUUUCACAAUUAUCACCUGAGGAAUCAGCUGGAUUUAUAAGAAAAUUUCAUAAAAUAUUUUCGUAAGCCCGUGACAUUCUCCAGAAAAAAAUGUCCUUGUAAAAUAUCCACGUGCGGACCGAGGCUCGAUGUUCCGUAUGAUAAGCAUAAAAUACCUAUUAAUAAUAUAUUUAUCAAUUUAUUCAUGACAGAGAAACAAAUUGCGCUUAAAUUGCUCUCAAUAAUUAGGGUUCGUUUGCCACGGUAUUAGCGAGGAUUAGAACAGUUGAUCGGUUGUGGUUGAUGAAUUUGGUAAACUCUGAGUCGAUGAUUUGCCCACAUCCCUCAGAUAUUUUCGUUUAAAAAAUUGAAUUAAUUAGGGGAGAACGUUUGGUUGAUGGCUUCAGGGGUUUACUUCACUCAUUGCGCAGUCUGACGCCUUCGAGUCGAUCACUUGGCGUAUCUAUUUGUUGUUGACCUUGUAACUGUCACCAUGGUGGAAUUAUCGAUGAUUUUUACACCUCUAAUCUAAGAACAAUAUAUCGCGCUACCGCGGUUUUUUUAUUAACGUGAAAUACGGAAGUAGUGGAGAAAUAAAUAAUGUUGAAUGUUGAUUAUAAAGUUAUGGAAAUUAAAUGUUUGUCAAACAAGAAUUCAUGUUUAUGGAAAUUCGAGUACUUUCGACAUUUAUUGAUUUUCAAAAUUAUAUUGCUUAUUGUUUAGUCAUUAUCGUGAGUAUUUUAUCAACAAUUAUUGAGUGAUAAACUCGUGUACUUGUGAUCUAUUAAAGUAGAUCUAUAAUUUCAGUCAUAAAUUCACAGAUUAUCGAACACUAGAGAGAAUUUUUCGAACACUUGAUCACUUUUGGAAUAGGAAUUUCGUUAUUAAUGUAAUUAUCGUUUCUGUUAAAAGAAAAAAAGUUAAAAAACAGAACUUAACGCAGUUUCUUAUGGAAGAAUCAACAUUUUCGUUGUAGUAAAGGGUUGAAAUCUGCAUUUUUGAUCGUUAGACGAGGAAAAAUGAAGUGACGAUGUUAUCAUUUUUUCCCAGAAAAUUCAGAUAAAAAUCCCGGAAUGCUCCGGAAAAAAUGCCGUAAUGAAUUCCGUUAAAUUUUCCGUCAUCAUUUCACUCGGGAAUUACGGAAAAAUACGUUAUUUUCGUUGAGUACUUCUCUACGUGAUAACUCUCACGAUUAAAAAAUUUUAAUAAAACACCUUCCAGUAAUUUUCAACGUAUGUUUUUGUUGACCCAAACAAGACUUGAGAAAUUGUUUACUUUUCCCACAAUAUACAAAAUGAAUUCAUAUAAUCCUCGUUACGUAUGCGUCUGCACAUGAACACUGAAAUCACUUUAACAUUACGUAGUCAUACCUCUAGAGCUCUAAACAACCAAGAAAAUACAUUCUUGACUCAGAAAAAAUGUUUUUUUUCUGUCUUGCCAUCUUUUUGUGUCCUCUUCACGCAGAAAUAUGACGCAAUGUGCGUUACCAUACAGUGAUCGCAAGCCCUCGUUCGCCAGCUAUUCAGUUUCCUGUAUAACUGUAUAAAAAACAUUGAGCAAAGGAAACUACCAGGAACGUUUCACGAACUCUUGCCAAAUCGACUCAUAUAUUUCUACAAUAUAUUGUGCGUGCAUGUGACAGUCAGUUGAUGGUGAAAAAGGCCAUGCACUGGAGAGCAAAAAAAUGAAUACUUGGAGGCAAAGAGAAAAGAAAAAUACAAGAGAGAAAGAAUGUGAAUUGUUUAUUGAAACAGAUACGAAUGUCUGAGCACUGGAAUUUUUAGCAAUGCCUUUCGCCAAUUUAGCUACAUCACCACUGGAGUGAUAGAAAAAAUAAUUUUUAUUUCGUUACUUGUUUCUUGACUCAACGAUUAAUUACACGGAAAUAAAUUUUAGGUAAAAAUUGAACGUCGAAGGGGGAAAUAAGGGACGAAGGUUAAUUUUAUGACAAAAAUUCGCCUCCCAAGUCGCAUUUUUUCAACAAAACUUGACCCAAAAAAUUGUUGAUUGUCCUUUCGUCCUACGUUUCAACCUCUAAAGGUAUGAUUUUUAUCCAAAAUUUAUUUUCGUGCAGUGGUAGUUGGUCUAACUGAAAAUUUCAUAAUAAAAUUCAUUUUUUUAUCAGUGUACAAUGAUGAUGAUUUUGAUGAUGAUGAUGAUGAUGAUGAUGAUGAUGAUGAUUUUUCCUCGUUGUUUGGUGACAUUUGACCGGCUCUAGUAGCUUGCUGUCACAGUAAUUAGGGGCUGUGUCUAAUGAAGAAAAUUCAGACGGUUUUUUUUUUUCAAAGUUGAAUUGACGGAAAAACUUUGCGGUAUGGGAAAAGUGAAAGAGAGUGGUGGUAUACGUGUGUCAUAACGUGUAAUCGAUAUAUAUCUGAUUUUGUAACGUUACGACAUUACUCGUUCGCAUACAUUGACCGUGAAUUUUUUUCCGUGGGUUUUUUUUUAAUGAGCUUCAGGGAAUUCUAAUUUUGCUGGAAAUUUUAUGGACUUGUUUGAAGACCUUUAUGUUGUUGGGAUAAUUGGUGUUUGUCGAGGUACGUUUUUGUUAAUCAUGUGGACUUGCGCAGUUGAAAAGACCUUUCAGGUAUAAAAUAAUCCGCCAAAAUAACCGAUUAGACGCAGAAAAAUUACUAAAAAAACUUACCUUGAUGAAAGCGUAAUUUUUCACAGAAAAUUUAGAUAAAAAUUACGGAAAGCUGCGAACGGAGAGAAAAAUUCUUUAAAAAUUACGUGUCUGUUCUGUCAGUUAAUUUGAACAUCAUCGCAGUUUCCAGAACAUUGUGAACACCGAUGAGUCAGCCCAAUGCCAAUAAAAGUUCUCGAUUAUUUCGGAAAUCUUUAUUUGACAAACCGUAAAAUUCAAUGAUCUGAUACCGAAGAUGUGCAGAGGAUAAUUCCGUGGAUUUUACUUCAUCUAGAAUUCAGUUGUAAGAUAAAUUCAGUAGAAUAGGAAAUUUUAUCAAUUGCACAGAAAGACGAAUUAUCCAAAAAUAAUGUAUCUGUUCCAUAAACAGUCAAAACAGUAUUCAAUAAAAAUUAUGGAACAGUCGCAGAUUUUUUCACUGAACGUUCCAUACUUUUUCUGGAACGUUCUGGACUGUUUUCUGAAAGUGCGUAACGCUUCCGUAAUUUUUACCGAAUAUUGUUUUGACUGGCAGAUAAAGAAACAGACACGUAAUUUUUAAGGAAUUUUUUCCUCGGUACAAAAAAAUUCUGUAAAACUUCCAAAAAACUUGUCAUCACUAGGAAGAAUCAGAAUGAUUGCAGUGCUCUCAUAAGGAAUGAAAAACGAGAUAAUAAGUUGGAAGUUGAUGUGAUUAUAGGGCUCGUACUACUGAAAGUUCUGUUUGUGAUAUUUAACCCUUCGUAUAAAUUUAAAAAAAUGAACAUUUCCUUUCCACACGACCAAGGGAUUGCUACCAAUCCAUUCAAAAGCUCUCUCCGAACAUAAUUUUGCUGUUCUCAGUCUCAAACAUGGACGUAAUUUUGUCAAUACCUAUACAAUAGUCCUUCAUACCAUCACCCGAUUGGGUCAUGGAACGUAAUACCACUUUGAAUAGCCUUGAAACUAUACUUUUGCUCUACAAAUAGGCUUCUAUGACAUUCAUAAACAUGUGACCCUGAAGUCAAGAAUAUGAUGGUCCUCAGAGUACAUGGGGACGACCUCAUGUUUGGAGGCAACGGCGGGGUCAUGUCACACUCACCCAGAAUACCACAAAUGAAGAUGAUGAAGGUCCACAUACCGUUCACCUUCAAACUCCACGAAAGCUGUAAGAGUACCUACGCUGAAGUUGAAUGCGAGGUCUCCAGCCAAGUGGAGUACUCCAUCCAGGCGAUCUGGGGUGUCAGUAUUCGAGAAUUACACUUAGCAUUGUGGAAACCUUGGAAUGCACUGAGGGACGCCUCGUUGAACGGUACUCUUCUUCAAGGUCACGCUCAAUACCUCACACCACCAGAAACUAGGCAACCUCACGGUGAAGAAACCCUGAGACUGUCACUUCCAGCCCCCGAGUUAGAGCUGGGAACACCUCCGAGACUCUGCUACCCACUCGUAAUAUUUCUCACGCGAAAGGACAACAGAGAUCCACAUCCCGACGAGACAGUCGCUUUGGUGAAUGUCGUCCACAUUAAAGAUAGUGUGUGCACACUGCCGACCUCAAUUCUCGCGCAGUAUCUGAAACAGGCCAACGGCCAGCUGUCCUGCUUGAAGCAAUUAUACCUGGCAACUGGUAACUCAACAAAUUAUGACGAGGGUGAUGUCUCAUCAGGCCUGGGGCCGGCCCUGGCCUUGGCAGAGCCCUGCAACAAUAAUGGUGGAGCAUCGAGAGGAGCUUUGGUAGCAUCUGGUGCUGGUGAUACCGAGGGCUCUUUAUGGAACACAACGGGUGAACAGUUAUGUGUAGUUUGCCAAUAUUUUCCAUUAUCGAGGGCCUUAUUGCCCUGCCGACACACGUGUAUAUGUGCCUCUUGCUUCGGUAAAUUGGAUAGGUGUCCAAUGUGUCGCAGUCCUAUCAAGAGUUACUUCUGCAUCAGAGGUGAGGAAUAUAUGCCACCGGAGAAGGAGAUGAAUCCUUGUAAACAGAGACAAGCAACACAUGGACCUUCACAUUGGCUACACGACUGGAAUGACAGGCUUACGGAUUUUCUCGGUUUUGCUCGAUAAAACUUCAAUACUAUAUUUUAGGGUGAAAAAACGUCCAAUCAAUCUGUCCUGAAAAUCAUUAGUUUUUGAAUGUAUAUUUUUUUCUUCUAUUUUUAUGGAAAUAGGGAGAUUGUCCAGUCUUUCCUUUCAGAGAUGGCCAUAUCAUGAUUUUUUUAUUAACAUUAUUUUAUUAUUGUAGUAAUCAUCAAUGGACUAUGAAGAGAAAAGACUAGUUGAGCAAUGAGUGAUCGGAGUAGGACAAUUUUUUAUUAUUAAUUCAAGUGAUGUUCAGAUUAAAUAUUGAUACAGAAAAAUUGAUAAUUGCUCUGUUCAUCAGUGAUAAUCCUUAAAGCUCAUCACCGGCAUUAAAUCAAUCUGGAAUUGAAAUUAACGGUCGGCUAAUGAGACACUCACUGAAAUAUUGGAAUUGAGUCACUGCUGAUUAAUCAAUUAAUGAGACACCAUCAUUGCUAAGGUUCAUCCAAUAAUUGAUUAGUUGGUAAUCACAAAGAAAUAGUUUCCGGUUUAUGGAGUACACCUCGAUUACUCAUCCAUCGAAUUAUGGUACGGUUUCAAUUCUGAUUACUUAAUCAUGGAUUACUAAAAAAUUUCUAAAUAUCACUGCUUCAUUAGAUAAGGCGAAAUUCUCCUACUCUUGUUACUGAUUGAAAGAUUAUGGAUUAAAUAGAGUAGUAUGAUUUAAAGACAUCAGUAAUCGGUAAUAAAGUUGGUAAUAGUACUAAAAAUAAUGUUAACGGCCAUCCCUGUUUACUAUUGACACCUGAAAUCGUUCACUUUGCCGAGAUUAUUUUUUUUAAUUACAUUGAAAUCUUUCGAAUAUUCAACCCUGAAAUCAGAUUACCGUCAUAUGAACUGAGAGAAAAAAAAUUUCUGAAGCGUAGAAAAUUGAUGAUUUAUCCAAAACGUUCAUCGAACGAAUAGUCGCACGAUAAAAUCUUAUCGAACGACGCAAAUAUUGAUUUGCACUAAACCAGAAUUCGAUUCUAGCUAAUGGAUUUUGUUAUAGCAUAGGAUAUUCUAUUUAUUUGAUAUCAUGAAAAAAAUUAACGUGUUACAAUGAAAACGAUUUUAUACAACUCAAUGUUCGUUCAAUUCAAACGCGUCCAACUUGGCGCAGGUAUUUUUUUUUUCAAAAUUCCAAUUGCAAGAUUAUCAGUUCUAAUGAUGAAGAAUUGCGUUUGUCGUAACAAGAGAUUGCUGGUGGCAAAGUAUCGCAUUAAUCAAUAUCCAACAUAUUCUUGGUAAACCAGAUGAGUAUUUUAUUGCAUCCAUAAAUUCUGCUUUCAAUUGAACAGAUUUUUUUGCAAAAUAUCUUGAUGUUGAUAAAUUGGAUAAUUAGAUGCUUCUUUCAAAGAGGAUAUCUGAUCAUACAGACAAUGAUUUGCAUGCACUGGCAAGAAAAUAAUUACAAAAAAAUGAUAAAAAAAAUUAAAUAGGAAAAAUUGAGAUAACGUAUGUCAAUCUGUUUCAAUCGAAAACAUUAAAAUUUAAUGGGCAUUUGUGUCGCGCCAUAUUCUGUCAAUUUCAGUAUUUCCUUCUAAAAUCAUUCGAUCGAUAAACGAUUUGGAUCAAUCAAAAAUAAUUAUUGAAAUUUUUAUUACACUGGACAAUUCGCUCUACAUGCGAGAAGAAAUUGCUCACAAGGCUGAAUUAAUCAUCUGAUGAAUUAUAAAUUCUCAAUUUUCGUGAGAAAAGUUUCUCUCCUUAGCUGUAUGGAAAAUUGACAUUUUUGUGUUAUUGACGUGAAUUGAUAUGACAUUAAAUUUUACCACUGGCUGGAAUGCCUCAAGAAUGAGACAUUGCAGUUCAGAAUUUUUCUACAAUUUCACGUUUCAGCACUAUCAUCUUCUGAUUGACAAUUUUCUUCUCUUAACACUUGAUCGGUAUUCUCUUUAUUAUUGUCUAGACUAGACGACUGUAGAUGCGGUCCGAGUGAUGCCGUUAAUAUUUGAUUACUCAACGACACAUUAUUAUUCACGAGUUAUUUUCGUUUAAGUGAUUGCGACGAUUAUUAAUUUAUUCUGUCUAGUAAUGUUAAACGAUGAAUAUCUGAGAUUCUGGAGGCGAGAAAAUCGAGGGAAAGGCAAUUUUGUUGGAGUUGAUUAAAUUACUUGGAACACCGGACUCCAUGAUCUCAUCCAGAAUCGAGACAUCACUCGUUUCACACAACGAUUAUUUGUCAAUUUUUACAAUCAGUCGACUAUUCACAGUUUCCACUGAUAAUGCCUAUUAUUAUAUGUAAGUAGGAUUGAUGAGGUGUUGUGUAAAUAUUUGUAGAGGAGAGAUAGUUAACGAUAGAGGUAUUUUUCUUUAAUAUGAUGUUUAUUUUCAUUAAAAUUUUUUAGUUAAAUGACUCUGCAGAAUUUGAUACAUCGGAGUGUUUUCCAUUCGAAUUACAUAUCGGCUUGAAAUAUUUUAUUCUAAAUUAUAUCUGUAGUAUCAGAUGAACGAUAUUUUAUUACCAACGUCGAUUUUCGAAUGUUUCAACAAUUAAAUUCUUCUUUCUUGAAUUUUUUUCUUCUAAAGUUUAAAGUUGGGGGGACAUGAGUUUGAAAUAUUUUUGCAUAGUCUGGAACUAUAUCACGUGCUGUUAAUUUUAGAGGAAUGUUUUAUUUGAAAUCUUGAGUAAAACGAGAUUUUAAUAUUUUGAGUAAUGAAUGAUUAAAAAAAAUGUUAUCCCGUAUAAACCCCACCCAACUGAGAAUAAUUCGAAGAAAUAUAUAUAUUUUUUUCAUUUUCUCGAAACUAUAACUUUUUUGAUCAUUUUUUAAAUUGGUCUUUUUGAAAAUUCUUGUUUAAUCGUCACCUUUGUGGAGAUGAUUAAUGCAUAAGUCUAUCAUUGUAAGCAAUAAAUAUAUUUUUUGUUCAUUUGCUUUACGAGGUAAAGGCCCUAUCUAAUCGAUGAAAAAUGCUGGCCAUCGAUCUCGAUGACGAUAGACAAAAUUUCCUGAACUAAUAAAUUCCCAAUACUCGUCAACUGCAAAGAGACGUGAAAAAUCUACCUAAAAUUAAAUGAACUAGAUUUAAAUAAUUUAAGUUGUAAAUACACAGACUGUGAUAAUCCGAAUAAUGUUUAUUGUAGAUGUGGAUUGCACGCCUACGCCCGACAUACGGCGAUGAGAUGAAUCCUCUUAAUUUAAUCAAGGAUCAUUAUCUCAAUUUGUAUUGAUUUAUACCUAUAAUCCCCAGUAAUGAAAUGUUGAUCAUUAUUAGUUUCACUCAUGCGCAAUGAUGAUGGAGAUAAAAUUAAGAAAUGAAUAUAUGAAUGGAGGAAAAGAAACUACGGGGAAGAAGGAAACAAUUAUCUCUACCAGAUGAAUUUCUAUCACAUAAUUGAUUAUUUGAUUUUGUACAUAGCGAUGAGGAUUAGCAAACAAUACGAGAGAAUAAAUUUGUAAGGAAUUUCUAAGUAGUAGCGGCCUAUCAAGUCUACUGUAUUUUUAGUGAAGAAGAUAAAACAAAAUUUGAUCGCUGUAUGAAUUUGUGCAGAAAAACAAAACGAUUUUCUUAGAUAUUCCAAUGAUUCAGUAACAAGAUUCCUGCAUGCGAGGAUUUGUAAGUAAUUUAUUUAAUAAAGAAUAUUGCCCAACA